AUGCCAGGUGUUUCCGUUAGAGACGUUCCAGCUCAAGAUUUUAUCAACGCUUACGCUCAAUUCUUGCAACGUCAAGGUAAGUUAGAAGUUCCAGGUUACGUCGAUCUUGUCAAGACCUCUGCCGGUAACGAAUUACCACCACAAGAAUCUGAACAAUGGUUCUACAAGAGAUCUGCUUCCAUCGCUAGACACAUCUACUUAAGAAAGCAAGUUGGUGUCGGUAAGUUAAACAAGUUAUACGGUGGUGCCAUUAACAGAGGUUUCAGACCACACAGACACGCCGAUGCUUCUGGUUCCGUCAACAGAAGAGCUUUACAAGCUUUAGAAAAGAUUGGUGUUUUGGAAAUCUCUCCAAAGGGUGGUAGAAGAAUCUCUGAAAACGGUCAAAGAGAUUUAGAUCGUAUUGCUGCUCAAACUUUAGAAGAAGAUGACGAAUAG